ACAGAUUUCAAAUGAGGUUGGACACCACAGUAUGUUGGCCAACCACGCGAACGUCUUCACAAAGUUAAACAACUUUAAGGAUUACGAUCUCUAAACUUUCUCCUUGUUUCCAAAAAAGGAUAGUUGUCUGUUUUUACGAAAAGUGCUUCAUCUGCUACGCUAUUUUGGUAUGCAUGCACGAUGAUGACAUUUUGACAGGAGAGCGAACCUUUAUUUAUCUAGACAACCGUGAGAGUUCAAUUUAGGUCUCUAUUACACCUGUCAUUUGCCUUUGGAAUCGACUCUGGAGAUUUUAACAGGAUAAAAACUAACAUGACAAGGACUCUGGCAUGGUUGAAUUACAACUAAACCAAAGAAGAGAACUAAACCAAAAACAUUUGAAGAUUUGAUCGUGGAUUUCUUUCAAACAAUACACAUUAUGCAUGUUUUUUGAAUGAAAACUUGAAACAAUAGUUGUUAGGGAAUAGUCUAUAAAAUACAGGCUUUUCACUCUCGUCGCCGGGAUGGUGCGCCUCUUGAACUGCCUAUUGCUGGGGUAUCUGACCUGGAAUCUACGGAUAUCAGACGCACAAGGGGAGUACUGCCAUGGCUGGUUGGACAGCAAUGGGAAUUACCACGAGGGCUUUCAGUGUCCGGAGGACUUUGAUACCAUGGACGCCACUGUGUGCUGCGGGUCCUGCUCCCUGCGGUACUGCUGCGCGGCCGUGGACGCACGGCUGGACCAAGGAAGCUGCACCAAUGAUAGAGAGUUGGAGAACACGGAGUUUGCAGCCCAGCCCAUCUACGUGCCCUUCCUCAUGGUGGGCUCCAUCUUCGUGGCCUUCGUGGUGGUGGGCUCCCUGGUGGCCGUCUACUGCUGCACCUGCCUGCGGCCCAAGCAGCCCACCCAGCAGCCCAUCCGCUUCUCCCUCCGCAGCUGUCAGGGAGAGACCAUCCCCAUGAUCCUCACCACCGCGCCCCCCAGCCUGCGCACCCCCUCGCGCCAGUCCAGCACCGCCACCACCAGCUCCAGCUCCGCCGGGGGCGGCGGCUCCCUGCGACGCUACUCCCUGGGGGGCCAAGGACAGGGGCAAGGCCAGAGCCAGCAACAUGGGUGCCUGGUGUCUGCCACAAUCUCCAACUCCACCCCUCAGCCACUACCUCCACCCCCGCCCCCUCCGUACACCUCCCCUCCAGGGUGCAUGGUGGCGGGAAGCAUCCAGCACCCACACCCCUCCAGCCAUUCUCACCCCCACACCCAGCUCCAGCUCCACCAGGCCCCCAUGCACACACACCCCUCCCAGGGCACGGGCUUCCUCCUACCACAGCAGUACUUCUUCCCCUUGCAGUCGGAGCCCUUCUCCGGGGCCAAGGGUUUUGCAGACUUUGGCCAGAGCUGACCAGGCCGUCCCAGCCGGGAGCCAGGUGGAUUACAGGGCCUCUCUGUGGGCAAGCGGUGCAGAUACACGGCCUCUGGCUGGACGGACUGUCCUGAUGCUCUCUAGGCUGCUCAGCUGACACAGGGCUGUGGGACAGCCAGGACUUCUGUACCUAGAAAUUCUAGUCUUGCUAAAUCCCAGGAGAGUACGGAAAAAACACAGUAAGAUGGACAACAGCCAUAUUGGUCAUUUUUUUUUAUUGUAUGCACUUUUAUAUGCAUUUAUAUCAUGAACAAGAUUUGUGUCUUCACUUAAUUCUUAUGUAUUUUGGAUAGAUAGAUGGUGAUAAAUUUCACUACCUACUAUUUCUAGGCCAUGAUACAAAUGAAAUUCAGUUGAUUUGCCUAACUGGGACCAACCGUAAUGGCUGUUUGGACGGUUUUCUUGGAAACAGUUGUGUAUAUUUGGAUAGAAGCACAGAGACAUUCAAAACCAGGGAAAUCAACAGUUAUAUUUGACAAUCGAAGGACUCUCUGAAAGAGGGUUAAGGCAGGUAAACAAAGUAUUUGUAUUUGUAGUAACUGUACUGUAUGUAUUGGCAUAGAACAGUAUACUGGGCGAAUGAAGUAUUUCUAGACCUGGAGCGUCUGUUGUUUUCCUAUUAUGCUACAAAAUAAAUUCAUUUCAGUAAACACCGA